UAGAUGAGCUUCUAAACACGGCUUCGUGUUGCCUUCCCCUGUUUACACUCCGUUGAUUUCCCUGCAAAAAUCUUCGUCCUCUUUUUUUUCUUUUUUUUUUUCCUUCGUUUUUUUUUUAAGGAUUUUAACUUACUUUAGUUCUUCUUCUUGUUCUGGGAAAAGAAAGGAGAAAAAACUCUGGGAUUGUUUAUUAUUGAAAGAAAAUGUGUGGGAUUUUAGCGGUUUUGGGUUGUUCUGAUGAAUCUCAGGCAAAAAGGGUUCGAGUGCUGGAGCUUUCCCGCAGGCUGAAGCACCGUGGUCCUGAUUGGAGUGGACUACACCAUCAUGGAGACUGCUAUUUGGCCCAUCAACGCCUUGCCAUCGUUGAUCCUGCUUCCGGUGACCAACCUCUCUUUAACGAAGACAAGAGUGUUGUUGUCACGGUGAAUGGAGAGAUUUACAACCAUGAAGAACUGAGGAAGAAGUUGGUAAACCACAAGUUCAGGACUGGUAGUGAUUGUGAUGUUAUUGCCCAUCUGUAUGAGGAGUAUGGGGAAGACUUUGUGGACAUGUUGGAUGGAAUCUUCUCAUUUGUGCUGCUGGAUACCCGUGACAACAGCUUCAUUGUUGCACGUGAUGCCAUUGGGGUCACCUCCCUCUAUAUUGGCUGGGGACUUGAUGGUUCGGUUUGGAUAUCAUCAGAAUUGAAAGGAUUGAAUGAUGACUGUGAACACUUUGAGAGCUUUCCUCCUGGUCAUCUGUACUCUAGCAAAUCUGGAGGAUUUAGGAGGUGGUACAACCCACCUUGGUUCUCUGAGGCCAUUCCAUCAGUUCCAUAUGACCCCCUUGUUCUCAGACGUGCAUUUGAAAAUGCUGUGAUCAAAAGGUUGAUGACCGAUGUGCCUUUCGGAGUUCUGCUAUCUGGAGGUCUUGAUUCAUCAUUGGUUGCUUCUAUCACAGCUAGGUACUUGGCUGGUACCAAGGCUGCCAAACAGUGGGGAAGUCAGCUCCAUUCUUUCUGUGUUGGCUUAGAGGGUUCACCAGAUUUGAAGGCUGCAAGGGAGGUUGCGGACUAUCUAGGCACUGUUCAUCAUGAGUUUCACUUCACUGUUCAAGAUGGGAUUGAUGCCAUUGAAGAGGUCAUUUACCACAUUGAAACCUAUGACGUGACGACGAUCAGGGCAAGCACUCCUAUGUUCCUGAUGUCACGAAAGAUCAAGUCACUAGGAGUGAAGAUGGUUAUUUCAGGUGAAGGCUCGGAUGAGAUUUUUGGUGGAUAUUUGUACUUCCACAAGGCACCAAAUAAGGAAGAAUUCCACCGUGAAACAUGCCGCAAGAUCAAGGCCCUUCAUCAGUAUGAUUGCCUGAGAGCUAACAAAGCAACAUCUGCAUGGGGAUUGGAGGCUCGAGUCCCUUUCUUGGACAAAGAAUUUAUCAAUGUUGCCACGGCUAUAGACCCUGAAUCGAAGAUGAUCCAAAAAGAUCAAGGAAGAAUUGAGAAGUGGGUUCUCAGAAGAGCCUUUGAUGAUGAAGAGCGUCCCUAUCUGCCAAAGCAUAUCCUUUACAGGCAGAAAGAACAAUUUAGUGAUGGUGUUGGAUAUAGUUGGAUCGAUGGUCUCAAAGCCCAUGCUGCCCAACAUGUGACUGAUAAGAUGAUGCUUAAUGCUUCUUACAUCUUUCCUCACAACACACCAACUACAAAAGAAGCGUACUACUACAGGAUGAUCUUUGAGAGGUUCUUCCCUCAGAACUCAGCUCGAUUGACUGUCCCUGGAGGAGCCAGUGUAGCAUGCAGCACUGCUAAAGCUGUUGAGUGGGAUGCUGCCUGGAAGAACAACCUUGAUCCUUCAGGCAGGGCUGCCCUGGGGGUCCAUCUCUCAGCCUAUGACGCGGAGACCCGUCUCAGCAACGUUUCAUCCAAGGUUAUUGAUAGUAUGCCACGGAUAAUGGAAGUUCCAGGAGUUGCCAUAUAAAGUUAGUGCCCGCCUACUGGAAGGAAGAGGAACGUGGAUAUUCAAUAAUCGAUGGUAGGAUUUGUGGCAUAUCCAUGAAACUUUAGAAAAGUCUGCUGUCUACUAUAGGCGAUGUUUCCAAAUACUAAGAUAUUUCCUGGUCGUUCGAUCGUCAUUUGUUAUCAUCAACCUGUUGUUGCUUAUGCUUUUAAAGUGUAUCGUCGAUAUCUUGAAGUGGAAGUUAAUCAUCAAUGAGAAUCUUCUCUUUUGUGCCUAUAAUCUGCAAAAAACUUCAAUUGUUCCCAUCUAGAAAUUGCAAUAUGAAAUCCAACGUGAAAUCUGUUCUGAGCUGGCUUAUUUAUGACCUUU